UCCAGCAAGUACAAAUCGUACAAGUCUAAUUAAGGAGGUUCAUAUAACCGUACUGCCAAUAUGGCUGGUGUCACCAGCAAUGGCGCCGUCGCGCUUGUCGUUGUCGCGCUCCUCUCCCUGGUCGUCCCGUCCGUCCGUUCUGCAGUCGACUACGGCGUCUCCGCCGCUAGAUCCUACAACUCCGGCUGGCUCCCCGCCAAGGCCACCUGGUACGGCCAGCCCAACGGCGCCGGGGCCGACGACAACGGUGGUGCUUGCGGCUUCAAGAACGUGAACCGGUACCCCUUGUCCGCCAUGAUUUCCUGCGGCAACGAGCCCCUCUUCCAGGGUGGCGCCGGCUGCGGCACCUGCUACCAGAUACGGUGCACGAGAACCAACAACCCUGCGUGUUCCGGCCAGACAAAGACGGUGGUGAUCACCGACAUGAACUACUACCCCGUGGCCAAGUACCACUUCGACCUCAGCGGCACGGCGUUCGGCGCCCUGGCGAUGCCGGGCCGGAACGACCAGCUCCGACACGCGGGCAUCAUCGACAUGCAGUUCAGGAGGGUGCCCUGCAACUUCGCGGGCAUGAAGCUGGGCUUCUACGUCCUGCGGGGCGCCAACCCCAACUACCUGCCGGUGCUGGUGCAGUACGCCAACCGGGACGGCACCGUCGUGAAGAUGGACCUCAUGCGCUCCAGGAACGGCCGCCCGACUGGACGCUGGGAGCCCAUGUACCGAUCCUGGGGAUCCGUCUGGCGAUGCGACUCCAGGGACGCGCUGCUGGGGCCGCUCUCCCUGCGCGUCACCAGCGAGUCCGGCAAGACGCUCGUCGCCAACAAUGUCAUCCCCAAUGGCUGGAAGGGCGACACCAGCUACUCGUCCAACAUCCAGUUCUCUUGAUUCAUUCCCCCGAUUGAGGCUGAGUCAAUCGUUUUGCAAGUGUCAUGUGAUUGAUCCGUAUUUACUACCGAGAGGUAAUAUUCCAGACGUGUUGAUUGGCGUUAAUUGUGCGAUGAGCGUGAGCCCGACUAUCGCGAAGAUAUUUGAUGAACUGAAUGUGUUUUUAACUUCUUAUUGAGCCAGCACUGCUAGUUAACCUCACCACUUCAAUAGAAAAGGUUGCCAUUGCAUGCUUAUGUGUGCAACCGAGAAAGGGGUGCGUUGCACCACAGGGCAGA